AUCGCGAGCACGACUAUGACAUCUCGUCUCUAGCCCUGGCCUUUGUUCCGUUUCCCUUUACUUCUGGCGGCGCUGCAUACACAAUGGACGCCACCGAUGCCCGCCGUUUCUCCACGAGCACGGCGGAGCGCGUCGGCCUGCUACGGACUCACGACAACGGGGCAAGACAGCUGCACUAUGGCGCCAUCUCUGCCCCGUCCGACAUUGAGAGCCUGCUCGGCACAGAGGCGUGUGCCGGCGAGCUGGAGACGACGGCUGGCCAAGAGGCACGGCUGUUGUUCAAGUACAGCGUCCCACUAAUGGGCACGUAUCUGCUGCAGUACUCGUUCAGCCUCGUCACGGUAUUCGUGGUCGGUCAUAUUGGCACCCAUGAGCUGGGAGCUGUCUCUCUCGCCACCAUGACGGCCAACAUCACGGGACUUGCAAUCUACGAGGGCCUCGCAACGUCGCUGGAUACCCUCUGUGCGCAGGCCUAUGGGUCCGGCAAGAAGACCAUGGUCGGCCUCCACCUGCAGCGUAUGGUUUUGUUCAUGUUGGCUGCCACGAUUCCCAUUGGUGCCGUCUGGCUAUGCUCGGGCUGGAUUCUUGCAGCCCUCGUUCCCGAGAAAGCAAUGGCUCAUCUCGCCGGCUACUAUCUUUCGUUGUUGCUCGCCGGCGCACCGGGAUACGCAAUCUUUGAGGCUGGCAAAAGAUUUACGCAAGCCCAGGGCCUCUUCAAUGCUUCCCUCUUCGUUCUUCUCAUUGCAACGCCGGUCAACAUUGCUCUCAACUACGUGUUUGUCUUUGUCUUUCACUGGAAUCUUACCGGCGCCGCACUUGCAACCGUUGUGUCGAACAAUCUCUUGCCAUUGCUCCUCUGGAUAUAUGUCUACUUUGUUAACCCCGCAUCAAUGGAAUGCUGGGGCGGUUUCACCAAAGCUGCCUUUACAAACUGGGGGCCCAUGGCUAAGCUAGCAGUACCAGGUAUUGUUAUGGUGGAAACCGAGUGGCUUGCAUUCGAUGUCCUCACCUUCUCCACGACCUAUCUCUCCACCGCCCAUCUAGCCGCGCAAUCAAUUGUUAUGACCCUCGCCGUGGCGAUGUACCAUGUUCCUUUCAGUGUGGGCGUCGCAGUCUCCACCCGCCUGGGCAAUCUCAUCGGCGCAGGCUCGCUUUCUGCAGCCCGCACGGCUACAAAAACGUAUAUUGCAACCUUCUUUGCCAUUGGCCUCGUCGACUUCACCUUCUUGGCUGCAUUCCACAACAUCCUGCCCCGCGCCUUCACUAGCGACCCAGAAGUUGUAACCAUUGUUGCCACCGUGCUCCCCUUGCUUGCUGCGUUCCAGUUUGCAGACUCGACGACUGCCAUGGUCAACGCACUGCUGCGUGGCCUGGGUAAGCAGAAUAUUGGCGGUUGGUGCAACUUGUUUGUGUACUACAUUGUUGCCGUGCCAUUGGCAUUGUUCCUUUGCUUUCCACGCGAUCUGAAACUGGUUGGCCUCUGGGCCGGCUGUGCUGUCGGUAGCUCGUGCAUCACCAUAUCAGAGGGCAUCUACCUGAAGGUGUAUGAUUGGUCCAAGGCGGCUGAAGAUGCCAAGGAGCGAAAUGAAUAGAGCCCAAAUCUUGGUAGGUAAAAAAGGAAGAGAAGAGUCAUGGAGUGUAG